ACUUCAAUUCAAACAAAUUUUUGAAUUGAGAGUUUUUUAUUUUAACUACAUCAUUACUACAUUUUCUAAGUUUUCAUAGAUUCUUACAUAUUAAAUCAUUUGCCAAUCUUCUCACUUUGUCUUUUGCAUAGUACAAACAUGUUUCUAAUUAAGUCCAUUUUCUGCAUUAAGUUCGUUUUGUAUGUGACAGAUAUUGAAGGGAAAUAGAGACAGGGACAGUGUUGUUUAUCACAAGCUGAACCCACCAAUCCAAGCUCGUUAUAUCAGACUCCGACCAACAGCAUGGUAUCGUCAUAUAUCACUAAGGAUGGAGCUUUACGGUUGCCAAGAGUGUUCAGGACCUCUCGGAAUGGAAAGUGGCCGCAUUCAAGAUGCUCAAAUCACUGCAUCGUCAGAAUAUGAUAGAAAUCAUGCAGCAAUCCAGGGAAGAUUGAACUUUAAGGCUGGUGGAGGCAAACAAGGAGGAUGGUCAGCUCGCCAGAAUAAUGGAAAUCAAUGGAUUCAAGUGGCUCUUGGCAGUAACACCAGAUUAACAAGUAUAGCGACACAGGGAAGGAAUGCUCACAACCAAUAUGGAAGGGAAAUAAAGACAGGGACAGUGUUGUUUAUCACAAGCUGA